AUGUUUCACCAAAAUCCAAAGAUGAAAGUCACUGCCUCAGUAGCUCCGCUAAAACAGGAAGCAGAUUUGCUUCAUCAGGAGGAGGCGGAGAAGUUCGAGAGAAACGACAAAAUGGAUAAAAAUGGAAUACCUGAUAUAUUCAAGUUGAGUGCAGGUGAAGCACGCAGUCGACUGGUAAGCCGUAAGAAGGAUCCUCGACGUGACACUCAAAUGAGUUUGAAGGAGAAAUACAAACUAGUUUCUAAUAUGUGA